ACAACUUCCUUCCUCUCUGCUCCCCUGCCUUCCCUACCAUUCCACUCCUCCCCCUCACUUGGUCUCCCUUUCUUUCUGCUUGUCUUCUCUUUAGUAGUUUUGUUUCAGGUCUUCUGUCCUGACCUCCUGUCUUAAUCUACACCUUAUCUUUUUUACCUUAAUUCUUUCGGAAGCCAUAAAUUCUCUCGACAGUCAUUCUUUCACCAUGGCUGAAAAGAGUCAUAUGCUAACAAGAAGAAAAGAAAGAAGAGAAAAUGUGUCUGCUGAAAUGAGCAAGGAUGUAAAGGAAGUGAAGAAUGAAGGACAGCAGGGAGAGCAGGCAGUGGAUAAUGGAGAGGUCCCAUCAGCUGAGGCUGCGGCCACCAAUGGUGCAGUGGCUAACAGUCCGAAUGGAGAUUUUCAGGUGGAGCCAAUGGAACUACCUCCAUUUGAAAUCAUCAGUGGGGACCGGAUUGAUCCCUUUGCCUUUAAGUUCCAGUUUAAAAAUGUGGAAUAUUCCUCAGGCCGCAACAAGACCUUCCUGUGUUACCUGGUGGAUAAAGGGAACACAACUAAUGGGCUACUGAGAGGCUAUCUGGAGGAUGAGCAUACUGGGCCUCAUGCUGAAGAAGCCUUCUUCAUACAGUGUCUGCCGAACUACGACCCUGCACUCAAAUACACAGUCACCUGGUAUGUGUCCUCCAGUCCAUGCUCUGCUUGUGCAGCAAAGAUAGCUGAAGUGCUGAAGGCCAGGAAAAACGUCAAGCUGAGCAUCUUUGCUGCUCGACUGUUUGAGUGGGAGGAAACAGAGAUCCAGGCCGGACUGAAGGCCCUUCACGCCGCUGGCUGUAAACUGAGGGUGAUGAAGCCCCUGGACUUCUCCUACACCUGGGACACAUUUGUUGACAAUGAGGACCAACCUCUGAACCUGUGGGAAGACUGCAAAGAAAACUAUGAGUAUUACCAAGAGAAGCUGGCUGAUAUUCUACAGUGAUUGCA